CUUUUUGAGUUGAAGAUAAUCUUGUGCCUCCCAAUAAGUGUUUUAUAGCGUCGGUUAUUUGAAUAAACAAGCAACACAAAAGGCGGCUAAACAAGCUAAGAAGAAGAACGAACAGAGGAAUUACAGGCGGCAACAGCAACAACAACAUGGCGACUGAAAUCGACGAGCUCAUCGAGCAGCUGAAGACAACGACUGUCAGUCCGAGCAAUACGACAACGCUGCUGUGCGAGAUAUCGGCCACAAAGGAUCCGAAAUUGUUUGACAAACACGAGCUGGCCGAAUGCUUUCUGCGGCUAACACAGUGCGAGGACACGAAUGUGCGCAAGGAGGCGGCCAAGUGCAUUGCGGAGAUCACCAAAUCGGAGGUGCAGCGCAAGAAGUUCACCAAACGCGAAAUAAUCGCCGCCUUUCUCGAGUGCCUGCGUCAUGUGCCGACGGAUGAUGGUAGCAUGGAGCUGCCCAUACAGAUUUGCCGGGCAUUGGGCAACAUUUGCUACCUGAACGAUGAAGCGCGUGAUCUCAUACUGGAGCUGAAGGGCGAUGCCGUGCUGUUGCAGCUGCUCGACAUUGCCACAAUUGAGGAUGUGAGCAAUGCACCGCAGUUCAUCAAGGUGCGUGGCGGUCUGCUCUCCAAUUAUCUGUUGGGUGGCGAGGGAUUGGCCAAGCGUGCCAUGGAGCUGGGCAUUAUGCAGAAGCUGCAGCGGAUUAUCGACACCGGUGCCAGCAAUGUGGAGCAGCAUGAGGAUCUCUUACUGAACACAUUGCCACUGCUCAGCAUACUCACCGAGAAUGUGGCCGAUCUGAACUUUGAGUCACAGUUGAAUAUACAAUUGUCACGCAUUCUGGCUGCCUCCACAAAUCCGGAUCUGGCCGAGAUGUGCCUGGAGCUGUUGCAUUAUCAGGCCGAGAGUGAUGAGGUCAAACUGCUGCUGGCCAAGGACGGACUCUGCGAGACCAUCUACAAUCUGCUGGAGAAGUACAAGACACUGGCGAGCACCAACGAGGCACGUGCUCUCAUGAAAUUGGCCUGUGAACUCAUUGUCCUCAUCCUGACGGGCGAUGAGUCCAUGCAUUAUUUAUAUACAACGCCGUUGCUGAAGAACAUGGUCGAUUGGCUGGACUCGACGGAUAUGGAUCUGUUGACCACAGGUGUGCUGGCCUUGGGUAACUUUGCGCGUACCGACAGUCACUGCAUUUACUUUGUGGAGCAACAGACGAUGAACAAGCUGCUCCAGGUGCUGGCCAAGAAUAAUGGCGUCAAGGAUGAUGUGCGUCUGCAGCAUGCGCUGUUGAGUGCAUUGCGCAAUCUGGUCAUACCCAAGCCGAACAAGAAUGCGGUCAUACAGGCGGGUCUGGUGCAAACCAUACUGCCAAUGCUGGAAAUCCAUCAGCCGCCGGUUGUCUUCAAGCUGCUAGGCACACUCCGCAUGACCGUAGAUGGACAGGAGAAACUAGCGCUGGAGCUGCUAAAGAAUAAAACACUCAUUGAACAGCUGGUGCACUGGAGCAAAUCGUCGGACUAUGCGGGCGUCACUGGUGAAUCACUGCGCCUAAUGGCCUGGCUAAUAAAGCAUGCGUAUCUCACUAAGAUUGCCUAUGCAUUGCCCCGUAAAGGCGACGCACCAGCUGAACAAAUAGCGGACAAAAUUCCACUUUCCCAGGACUAUGAUCGCAGCAGUCUCACUGAAUUUCUGGCCAAUGAUGGCACGGUGGAGGCCAUGGUCAGCAUGCUGACGGCACAGCAUCUGGUGAUGCAAAAUGAAGCCUUGAUUGCCCUCUGCAUACUCUCUGUGGUGUAUUUGUCCAAGGCCAAUGAAGCGGAGCAGGCGCAACGUUUGCAGGAUCAAUUGAUCCAAUGCAAUGUGGGCGCUAAGCUGGCUGAGUUAAUUACCAAGUCAUCGGAUAGCAUGACGAAAGAGAUUGUCGAGAACUUACAGAACUGUGUAAAUCUGUUAAAGACAUCCGAGAAACUUGUGGCCCAUCUGGAGCAGCAUAAUAUUAACGAGCUGUUGAAAUCGAUACCCAUUCUGACGGAAUACUGCACCUUGUAAGCCAUGUGGGAUCAUUGAAGAUACACUGCAUUUAUACCAAGUAUUGAUCCCUGUCCAAGCUGUCCAAGCACCGCCAGUUGCCUAAUUGAGCACACUCACAGUUAGAAUUACCUUUUGACCACAGAUCGCCAUCAAGUUUUUGGCCCCAUCAAAUGUAGUUUCCACCUCAGAGCAACGAUUCCGAAUUAGACUUGUUUGUUGUAUGAUGUGUAGAUGCAACAUGGAAGAGCAACACUCACACACAACACACACACACACACACACACUCACAACAAAUGUGAACCAGAUGAACAGAAAUGAUGAAAAGGGAAUGUAUUUUUUAGACGCAAGCGUAUUUUUACUGCAUUUACGAUAAACGUAUAAUUAAUUAAAUAUACAUACAUAACAUGUAUACAUACAUUUAUAUUUAUAAAUAUAUGAGUAUAUAUAUGUAUAUUUAUAUCUAUAUUUAUAAUUAAUAAUUUAGCAUAUAAAACUUUUCUGUUACAUGAUUUUUAAGAGCACAAUAACAACAAAUCGUGGUGAUAUCGCUAAAUAUAUUAAAUGAAUGUAUUUUACGUAUUGUACUUAUAAUUUCUAAUUGCAACUUUACACAAAAAAAAAAAAUAAAUAACAUUCGUUGGCACACACCAAAAACAUAAAUAAAUAAAUUAAACUAAAACAAUUUUCACGCACAAUGCAUGUAAUUUUGAUUAGGCAUUUUAAUAUUGUUGCACAUUUUUUCAAAUAUUAUUGUACAACUCACCGAAGUUCUCAAAUAGUUGAAAGCAAAUUUUUAACAUUUUAUGCGAACAAUAAAAA